AUGACCGAGUUUUUGAAUUACACGGUUGACUUGUAUCUUAAGGACGGAUCCGUAUCGUCGGGACAGAUUGUUUCUGUUGAUGGUACUAAGAUUCAGCUCUCUGAUGUAAGUGAGUCGAAAGCCCCAGGUCAAAAGCUUCCUACCCUUGAAAUUCUUAACUCGUCUGUCAAUGAUUUGAAGGUGACUAAACUUCCUCCUGAUUUCGUUAAAAAUCUCAAGAAAAGCAAAGCAAAGAAAGAAAAGGUGACCAAGAAGGAAAAGAAGGAUGAAAGUGAUGUCAGUGGCAAGAACAGCGAUAGUGAAAUCAAGAUGACUGAGGACUUUGACUUUGCCGCCAACUUGGCAAUGUUUGACAAAAAGUCUGUUUUCGAGAACUUUCAGAAGAAGGACACCAUCAAGCCCGAACAGAGAUUGGUUGGCCACAAUAAGGUGGAAAACUUCCGGAAGGAUUAUGAAAAAUUCAGAAACGAUGAAAUGGUGUUAGACUCCACCAGAACCGACGACUGGGACAGUAUUGGAAUUUCUGACCGCAAGGAAACUCUUCGUAAUGCCUCUGUCACCGGUCGGUUGACUCCAGUGCACGAUGUCACCGGUGGCUCGCUGAACAAGAACUAUACCUUGACCAACGUCAGCACUGGCAAUUCUGUGCCUGUGUGCUCACCUAUCCAACUUUUGGAUAUAGAAAGGAUUUCAGGAGAGGCGUUUGCACUUACGCCCGAGGUGAUGGCCGAAAUAUUCUCCACAAACCUAUCCCAAUAUAUCACACAACACAUUUUGGGGGGCUCCGGCAGAUUGAACCCUAAUAACCAUAAUCUACCACCAUUAGUGGUUCUAUUAAUCGGCAGUGAGAGGUGUUCGAUUCGGGCAUUAGCAGUGGGACGUCAUCUCACCAACCAUGGCGUGCGAGUUCUUGCAUUUUUGGUCAAUCAUGAGAUGGUUGAUGCCAGCUAUUUGAAACAAAAACUGCUGUUUGAGCAGGCUGGAGGAAAGAUCUUGUCUACAAGCGUGCCUGAGUUAUUACACGUGUUAAACCACCAAUUAGACACUCCAGUAGAGUUGAUUAUCGACGCUUUACAAGGAUAUGAUGACCAUUUGGAGGACAUCUUCUUUGAACAGAAAGAACAGCAAUUGAUCAAACAGUUAAUCACAUGGUGUAACGAACCUCGUCAACGCGGUAAAGUGAUGUCGUUUGACAUUCCUUCGGGUAUCGAUGGUGGAUCAGGAACCAUUACCGAUGCUGAUUUGGUGAUAUCAAGUCACUGGUGUGUUUCGAUGGGAUUGCCUGUUGCUGGUAUUCUCCACGCUUAUAGAAAUGAGAUUUUAAGAGUCGAUGCUGAACUGGAGACGCUCCAUCUUUUGGUCGAUAUAGGCAUACCCAAUAAGGUUUACCUGCGCAAACCCAAUCUACGUCGGUUUGAUCGUGUUUGGUACGGGGCCGAAAGUGUGGUCAAAUUGCAGCCAGUUGAAAAAUUAGAAUAA